UACCCUAUCCUCCAUGACGGCCCCGUCGGGAAGCCGUUGAAAUUCCUCAAGAGGCAUCCUUACAGACCGAGUCGUAUGCAUUUUAUGUUCGAAAAGCCCGGUUACGAUGAUUUCAUAACGCAAGUCGCAGCAAUAUCACCGGUUAUUCAGUUGGAGGAAUCCGUAUGCCAACGCCGUUUCAGAUCACUGUUCGUUAAAGACUGA